AAUSGCUGUAAAUGGAGAGAUGUCCAACUCAUCGAAAACUGAUUCCACUGAGGAAGUUCCAGCAGCGAGUGCAGAUGGAGCAGAAGGAGGGCAAAGACGACGAAGAAAACGAGGAUUCGACGUAGGACCUGACAUGGGUAAUGCUUUGCUUUCUAAAAAAAUUCUCCUACAUAAAUUUAAUGAGGGAAUCCUGAAUAUAUUAUCAGGGAAAUUAGAAAAAAAAUCCUUGUUAAAUAAUGAAGUUUUCCCAUCUGACUAGAAAUAUGUUUGAUUGAGUGUCUUGUCAGGGUCUGAAGGGAAUCAUUCCGAGGUCAGUCUACACAAAACACUACCAGAAGACAGCUUACCUUAUUCAACAGGACAAUUUCUUCAUACUCUUUUCAACAAUAAUUAAUAAUGAAAUUGUAUUCUAGCAUUGAAAAUAUAAAAAGCUCCUGCCUUUGUUCCUAGAACUUGGUUAUUGUACACCUGUCUCAAUAAUAUCCAAUUAUGAUUAUUYCUAUGCCCAAUUAUUUUUCUUUUUAAAUGCAUUUUUGGAUAUUUUGUUUUGCUUURUUCCGAGUGUUUAUGCAAGAGUAUGAUUAGCCUCAUUUUAGUGUCAAAAUAUUCACAUGCCAAGAUAAUCCCACAGUAAAGAAGCUCGUCAUAUUUAAAAUGUCUUUGAAGUUCUAUAUGCCUUGUUGAAUGUUCUGCACAAAAAUGAGACUAAGUCUGAGUUGUAGAGGGCAUCAAAAGUGGGAAACGGCAGUAUUUUUCAUUCAUCUGGUUCAUUAUACAUUUUUACACCAAUCCCUUAAGUUUUUCACCCCCAAAACCCUUAUUUUAGACCAGUUUUGUUAUGUGUUCACCCUAUCAAUUGAUCCACUAGAUGUAACAAUUUUUUCUUUCCUAUUUUUUUCUCUGUUUUUCUCUUUUUUCUCUUGACACCUGGACAAACAAUUUAGCUUGAAGUAUGUGCCAUGUGUAUCAUAGUUCCAUGGCCCGUGGAGUGAGUGAAAUACAUUAUGAUUUGUGGUAAUGGUGAAAAGGACGAACAACCUGGAGAUGAUGGAACACRAGGAGAGCUUGUUCUUGGCCCUGGCGCAGGAGGGAUGCAACCAAGACAGUCAGAAGUAAAACGCUGUCUACCUGCUCUGGUGUACACACAAGAAGAACUUUUAAAAAAAGCCAAAAGAUAUGCCAUGGAACAGUCUGUACAGCAGGUUCUUGCGAAGCAGCAAGCCAUACAACAGCAACAGAUGUCAGCUCUGCAAACCGCAGCUCAGCGACAACGAGCUCUGGCUCUUAUGUGCAGGGUAUAUGUUGGUAGCAUAAACUUUGAGCUGAGAGAAGAACACAUCAGACAAGCAUUUAUACCAUUUGGUCCAAUCAAGAAGAUAGAUUUAUCAUGGGACCCUCUUACCAUGAAACAUAAGGGAUUUGCUUUUGUUGAGUAUGAUCUACCAGAAGCAGCACAAUUAGCCUUGGAACAAAUGAAUGGAGUAUUGUUGGGAGGACGAAAUAUCAAGGUUGGUCGUCCAAGUAAUGUACCUCAAGCAGCCCCUCUCAUUGAACAAUUUGAACAAGAGGCUAAAAAAUAUGCCAGAAUAUAUAUUGCAUCUGUACAUCCUGACCUGCAUGAAGAUGAUAUCAAAAGUGUGUUUGAAGCAUUUGGUAAGGUAGUCAGCUGCACCUUAGCAACAGAAGUAAUGCCUAACAAACACAAGGGGUACGGAUUCAUAGAAUAUGAAAACCAACAGUCAGCCAAUGAUGCCAUUGCAUCUAUGAACCUCUUUGAUCUUGGUGGGCAAUUCCUUCGAGUCGGCAGAGCCAUAACUCCACCCUCAUCAGGUGGUUUAUCAGUACCAAGUUUUGCUCCUCCACCAGGGACUCUACCAGCUGCAGCUGCUCUUGCUGCAGCAGCUGUGUCAGCAAAAAUACAAGCUCAAGAACAAGGAAUCCAGGGUGAAAUUGCAUUUCCUACUAUAACAAUACCAACUGUCACUAAUGUCAUCACUCCUGUCAUUACAACACCUGGCUUGGUCACUUUUCCUUCAGCUGCAGGACUGUUGAGUACAGGGCUUGCAUCCCAACCCCUGUUGGCUACAACAGCUAUGAUAUCAGUUCCUUCAACUGCAGUAGUAAAACCUGUCAUUGCCACUCCAGUAAUGACAACAGCAGCAGCCUUGACAUCCACAACAGCUGCUGUAGUUCAACUGCAGCAGCAUCAACAACAGUCAGUAGUGGCUAUAGCCCAGCAACAGGCUGAAGUCAGGGCCAAGAUUGAAGAGGAAGCCCAAAGGAAAAUGAUGGAAGGAAGCAUUAGUCAUGAAGAGAAUAUGUCAAUUUCUGGUAGUAAUGCACGCUAUAUGGUCAUGCAGAAGUUAUCACGAAAGAUUGAGUCCAAGUUGAUGGUCCUUCGAAACAUGGUGGGAGUUGAAGAUUUGGAUGAAGACUUAGAGCACGAAGUCACAGAUGAGUGCAGUAAAUUUGGCAUUGUAAACAGAGUGGUUAUCUAUAAAGAGAAGCAAGGAGAAGAAGAAGAUGCAGAAGUGAUUGUCAAGAUCUUUGUUGAAUUUUCAUCCACAUCUGAAACUGAAAAAGCAGUAGCUGCACUAGACAAUCGAUGGUUUGGAGGUAGAACAAUUAAAGCUGAAGAAUAUGAUGAGGCCAAGUUUGCAGCUGGUGAUUUAUCUGGCUGAGGAGAAGAAAUAUUAGCAUUAUCAAAGGGAGAAUAUAUCACUGGAGCUCAUAUCUUAAUAUUGCAUAAGAACAAAAUAAUGGUAUCUGCCGUGGGAAUUUAUUGAUUCGCAAGUACUUAUAUCAACCAAUUAAUUCUCCUUUUUCUUUCCUCGCCUUUCUGUACAUUCCUUUUUUCUUUUCCUAUUCAGUUGGUUCUUUUUCUUUUUCUUUUCCCACUUAAGGAAAUUCUAAAUUUCUUAUUUUCUCAAAGCAUGCUACAACCUGAAGGGACUCCAAAAAUUUGAAACUCAUUCUUUGUAACCCUAAUUCAUAGACUGUAGAUUGUCUUAUACUACAACACCUAGGCCAAUACUUUAGUGUUACCGAUGCAAAAGUAAUUACAAACAAUUUUUCACAUUUCGAUGAACUCCAAAAUUUUGAAAGGCCUUGGCUUUUGGUUCCAUAAGUAUAAACCUAUUACCUGGAUCAUACCACUGUAAGUUUACCGGACCAAAGUCAAAACAUAUUCCAUGCUACUAGAUCUUUGACUUUCAGAAAUGUGUGAAACUGUGGCAUAACUAGCUAGUUUAUUAGUUUGUCUAAUUGAUAGGAAGGAUAUAGGUGAUCAGAUAUCAUAUUUCAUGAAAUUCUCGAAGAAAUGUUUUAUGUUUUCCACAUCCUAAGAAUGUUCGGUGUAUUUAUGCUUCUGUGUUGAAAGCCCAUAGAAGUCACUUCUCAUAAUAGAAUCCUUUGGGAAUCCUUUACUGAAUCCUUUACUGUUUGUAUAGGAAGCCAUAGAAGAGAUUGUAUUUUGUAGUCUGUUAAUUCACUUGAAUGUAAAUAGUUCAUACAAACGUUCAUUGAACUUAGUUAAAAGAAAGCAUUUUUAUUUCGGUAGUUCA